AUGGAAGGAGAUACAUUUCAGCAAUGGAAGAAUCAAUGUCUUAGUAAGUGUGACUUAAGUAAGAAAGGGAGUGUAGAUCAUGACAUUUCUCAUAUUGUGUCCUUUAUAAACAGUCACGAUCAGUACUUUACUACAAGCUCUUGCUCUGGAAGAAUGAUCCUGAUUGACGGGGUGUCAGACUGCCCCGAUGUGCAAAAGCAAAACUGUUCCUGGUUAUUUGUUACCCACCAGAAGUGCCAAAAUAAAGAUGUGGUCACGGGUUUGGAGAAGUCUGUUGGAGAAGCUACUUUCAAGUUUGAGCCUUUUGUCCUUCAUGUUCAGUGUAAACACCUUGAAGAUGCACAAUUACUGCACACUGUUGCAAUAAACUCUGGCUUCAGGAAUUCUGGCAUAACUGUGGGAAAGAAAGGCAAGAUCAUCAUGGCAGUGCGCAGCACACACUGUCUUGAGGUGCCACUCAGCCACAGGGGUAAAGUCCUCAUCAGUGACGAAUACCUCGAUUUUCUUGUUGGAGUUGCUAAUGAGAAGAUGGAAGAAAAUCUUAAAAGAAUAGAGAGAUUCAAUGAUUGCUUACAAGCUGCCCUUCAACCUCAACAACAGAUACGUAGUUUACAGGAGGGGACGGACAAGAAACCUGUCUACAGGCGGAGGAGGAAAAGGGUACAGGUCAAUUCUGUGACAGACUGUGACAGCCAAAGUGUCAAAGAACCAACUGAAAGCAAUCAAAAAGAAAUGGACUGUGAUCUAAUGUUUUUAUCAUAGGAAAACUUUCUAUUCAUUAUCUGACCAUCAGUCCCUGGCAUUUAGCUCCAAACUUUUUCAACUGUGCACAUUUACCAAAGAUUGUGUUCAAUCAAACACCCAUUUAGUGGAGUACUAGCCCAUUAAACAUACUUCACAUUGUCAUUUUUGUGAACAUUGGAUGUAAACAUUGGCAAAGGGUGCAGAUGUCUUAACUAAAAGUUAAGUUGUUUCUUAAUGACAAAUGUAAAUAAAGCAUACUUCAACCCAAUUCUGUUAGAAACCUUCAGAUUUUUUAAAAGGGGCGCCUGCUUCCUGUAUAGCUCAUUCAUACGUCUUAUUAUUUUGUGUGACUGUGGUGAAUCUGUUUUAGUUUAACAUGCCAUACUUCAAAAGCUUAUGAGUGUAAACCUUAUUCGUUUUUUAUUUAUUUAUUUUUUUGCUUAUGCUGAAGGAAGAUGUUUUCCAGCAUUGCCCUCUUACAGCAAUGUAGAAAUCGACUGUUAUUCAUCUCUGAAAAGCCAUUUGUCAGAUGUUGUAAAAAACUGCUGUGUGGUUUGGAGCACAUUUUCACUGGAUUAGAAGGCAUUACUGUCUGGGCCUAGUCCUGCAACGGCUCAUUUGGGUGUCUUGCCUCAUUAAAAAUCCUGUCUCCACUGUU